AACGGCGUAUUUAGUCGUUCCCAAGUGGCCGGCGUCACGAGGUCGAGAGUGGUCCUCGAUGCGAUUGCUGGCAAUGACGUUGUUGAUCGGUGCGGACGACACCUUGUGGCUCAAACGUUAACUGUUGAGCGAUCGAGCCAAGUGCGGGCGGAUGAAACGAGGAUGCGGUGCCUCGCGGGUGCGAUGUGCGAUGUGCGAUGAUCCUUGAUUGAUCACUGCCAAAGGAAGCCGUGCGCGGGUACGAGGUCGUCGAGGGUACGUCGAUGACGACAGAGAUGACGAUCGAGCGUCAACUUAUCACAGAGGAGGAAGAGGAAAAAAAGAAGAAGCCGUCGUCGCGGGGACGGAGGAUAAUUGAGGUACCAGAUAGCGCGGUGGGGAGUGAUCGAUCAGAGACACUGACGGCGCGAGACCAGCAAUUUCAUCUGGCGCUGCAAGUUGCUGGUGGUCCUCGUAGCGAUGAUUGCGAGAGAUGCGGUGGGAGAGAUGCGCUGAGUAUGGGAUAGAGAGAGGCAGAGAGUUGGUUGGGAUGGCACUCGCUCUCUCGUGGAGCGUUCCCGCCUGUCAGACCGACCAAGCCAUCUUUUCGCUUGCGACGUCGCCACGACUGGCGGCCCCCCGAUCCCUCGUCUUUCGCUCCCCGUUCGCUACUGAAGGGCGGCAUGUCACUCGCAACAUGCCACCAGCGGAGAACACGGAGAGAGGGCUGAGCGACAGGCGGCGGGCUGUGUGGAGCAAAAGGCUGCGAUCAAAGACGACGUCCGACGUCCCCUCGACAAGAACAGACUCGAUUCAAGCCCCGAAACACAUUGAAGCGAAAGCUCAGUUUUGCAUGAUUGACCGAUUGAUGCUGAUCCUCGGGCGCCCACCAAAUCUCAUCUUGCAGGAAGCAGAAGCAAGAAAGGGGGCUAACGCACGUAGAGCAGGCAAGCAAGCAAGCUGUGGUACUUGCAGCACGAUGCGGUUCAAGGAGUGGUCGUGGUCAGACCGCCGAUUCUACUCUGUCGCACGAUGGCAACCACGAUAAUGGAUACGGAGGAGCUGAGAUGAAUAGGCACUAGCGCGA